AUGAAACAGCACGAUACCUUGCACAACCCGUAUGAGCCGCGGAACGACAAAGGGCUCACUCAGAGACAAGCAUUAAACUUGCUGCAGAAGCAUGGAGACGGUGUAGAUGCCAUGGGUGUAAGGAUGGUGGGAGCAGUUGCAGAGGGUAUGGAGUUGCAAAAGCUCAGGUGA